UAUAGUCUGUGUUCAGGUGUUCAGUUCUUGCUAUUUCAAAUUUCAAAAGUAUUCAAAACAAACAACUUAGUCUCAGCUUAUAAGAGUUUUUGUUAUCAAAACGAGAAAGCUCCAAGUGGUUUUAAGUUGCUGGUGUACUUAAGUAAAGAUCCUACCUUACAGAAUGGCAUCCUACAUGUUCUUUGUUUAAGUUUGGUUUCCAAUCUAUCGAAAUGUCUCGCAACGCAAUGCCUUCACUGAAUCCAAUAAUGCUAGAAAAGCUUGUAAGAUUUUUGAAGAAAACCGUGGUUGACUAUGGUCGUCAGGCAUGGUCCGAAAUAACUACAGCCCUGAACAGUGAUGCUAGUGGGUAUACAUCGGAACAAUGGUGUAAGUACUGGACGGACAAAAAAGGAGCAAUUAAGAGAAAGUCUGGCUUAAUUGCAGCCACGAGCCAGCGUCCUGGUGGUGGCAUAGACAAUUUGCCUGAACUCAGCAACCUGGCAGUGGACGGUGAAAAUAUUGCCCCUCCAGUAGAGCAGCCGGCUGAUCGAAGUGAGGUUCUUGAUAGCGAGUCAGGCCAUGAAAUGAAAUGGUCUAAUUUUGUUGCUGUUGAUCCGAGACAAUCUGAACCAGCAAAGUAUGCUCAAAGUCCAGAAGCUGUACAAUAGGCUCUGACUCACCGUGUCCAGUUGUCUCCGCGUCAGUCUGCAACGUGCCGGCGACUGCUGAGAAGGUCACCUCCGUCACAACGCCGCUCUGAAAUGGUUAGCCUCACAAAGCGAUUCCUAGCCAUUGAAGAACGUAGAGCAAAUGCAGAGCUCCAGUUUACACAAGCAAUAAGUCGGCAAGUAGACGGCCAACAGGCUCGGAUCUAGAUACAGUUGGUAGUGCCAUAAUAGAUUAUAUAAAUUGAUAAAAUAUAUGUUUAAUUGUUAUUUUUAUUUCAGGGUUACAUACACUAUUUAUGUAAAUAAAAUCUUAAUAAAUGUUUAA